AUGGGAGAUUCAAAGAGUACACAGUCGCGCAGCCACAAGUUGAAGGUUCCUCGCCAUGUUCGGAACAUGAGAAAGACACAAUCGUUUUUCGAUUAUCUGACAGAAGAACUCCUUAACGAAAUACUCAUUAGACUACCAUACAGUAAAGAAGCAAUUCGAUGCAAAUUGGUAUGCAAACGCUGGUUUUCUCUAAUCUCCUCUCAUUACUUCGUCACCUCUUUCAUUAAUCAUCGCCAUAACAAAAAUCCACCCUUUACCCUAGUUUUCCAUAAUGAACAACAUGCACAAUACGUGGAGUUUCACUCCGUACAGGGUUUAUCAAAACAUGUGGAUUUGAGAUUUCUCUCAGCAGGUUGGAAUAAAAGUGAAAUUUGUUUAGAAGCAUCCUGUGGUGACUUAAUUUUAUGCUCUGUGAUGAAUAAUUACAUGAAGUCAUCAUCUACUAUGAAUUAUUAUAUCUGUAAUAUUGUGACUAGGCAAUGGAUUGCUCUUCCUCCAGCCCCUUCAGGAAGAGGACAUUUUGGUGAAAACGUUGGUUUCUUGAUUGAGCCUAAUUCUAAGGAUAAUCACCAGUACAUGUAUCUGGUGUUACGAUUUAUUCCUUGUGGUUAUUCUGAGUUUCUUAUAGAAAAGUUUUCGUCUGAGCAAGGGAAAUGGACCAAAUUGGUUGUUACAUCUCCCCGGAUUUUGAAUUGUUGGUGUAGUACUCAUAAGAUUUCACUUAUUGCCUGUGAAAAGAUGUUAUUUACAACGGUUCAUGAGACUAGCAUUAUAGUUGACUGUAUUCUCGCAUUUGAUCCAUUCAAUGAUCCUGCCCCAUUUCUUCGUAUUAUUGAUUUACCACUUGAGGCUCGACAUAUUGGCGGUGUAUGUAAAUUGGGUGUAUGUCAAGGUCGUCUACGAUUUUCUCAGAUAGUUUUCCUACAAGCUUCUCCAAGUAGAUAUCCUUCUAUAAGUAUAUGGGAGCUUGAGGAUUACAGAACGGGGAAGUGGUGUUUGGUGUACAAGAAAAUCCUAACUAACCCAGCAUUAAGAUGCCCCCUCACACUCCGUUAUGAUUCCACAGACAUGAAUCCUGAAAUUUGUGUGCUAGCUUUCGACCCAUAUAAUGAGAAUCUUGUAUAUUUUCUUGUUGGUUACUCUGUUGUUGCAUACAAUAUUCAGACAGAGAAAGUGGAAAACUCUAGCUGGCCUUCUCUAUUGAUCAAGCUGCAAGGAUCGACGCGAGAACUAACAACAUAUUAUGGUUCAAAUGUGUUACCACUUACCCAAAACUGGUGGCCAACACCAGUACUAAGACAACCCCUUUAA